GCUGUGGCUACAUAUUCUACGUUACGGGAUUUCUUCCAUCGUCCAUCCUACAUCUUGCAUCGUCUAUCUGGCAUCACCCUUUUUCACUCACUACUUAUCGCUAUAUAUAUCCUGCUUCAUCACUCGAGCAACUUGAGCCUCCAUCCACUCCUCUCUCUCUCUCUCUCUCACUCUCACUCUCUCUCACUCACUCUCUCUCUCUCUCUCUGUCCAGGUACUCAUUCCACCUCGCUCACUUGGUCCCCAUCCAAUCCCCCCUCCUGCCGGCCAAGCUACCUCCUUCCUCUCCCUUCUGCCCCGGUGUACCGCUAUCUCCGCCCUACUAGACGUCUUUACGGUCUUUUUUUACUCCAUAUAUCCAUCCUUUCCUUUCCUGUACAUUCGCCAUGUCCACAGCUGCUCGCCGUCGCCUGAUGCGGGAUUUCAAGCGUAUGCAAACAGACCCCCCAGCCGGUGUCUCCGCCUCCCCCGUAGCAGAUAAUGUCAUGACCUGGAACGCCGUCAUUAUCGGUCCGGCCGACACACCCUUCGAAGACGGCACAUUCCGCCUCGUCAUGCAUUUUGAAGAACAGUACCCAAACAAGCCACCCGGAGUAAAAUUCGUCAGCCAAAUGUUCCAUCCCAACGUCUAUGGCACCGGUGAACUGUGCUUGGAUAUACUACAGAACCGCUGGAGUCCAACGUAUGACGUCGCUGCUAUCUUAACUAGUAUCCAAAGUUUGCUCAACGACCCCAACACAUCCUCGCCCGCUAACGUGGAGGCUUCUAAUCUUUACAAAGACAACCGCAGGGAAUAUACUAAACGGGUACGGGAAACGGUAGAAAAGAGCUGGGAGGAUUGAUGGCUGAAACCUGACAAACUACCGGUUUCUGCCGGCGUACAUGGAUGGGUGGGCACAGUAUAUACAAACGGAUCAUCUCCUCUUUUGCUCUUCUACUACUAUCAGAAUGGUGUGGCAACUACUGCACUUGCCUCUUCCUAUUGGCACUGCCGCUUACUACCGAUUUCUAUCCCACUCUCCAUCCCUCUCUCAUGCCAUAAAUGCAGAUGGCCUGGAGGGUAUUUUGAUCUAUACCUUACUACUGUGUCGUUUGUUGUGUCGUUUCCUUGUUUUAACUUGAUCUUAUUCUCACAGCAUGGGGUUUUGGCGCUUGCUGUUUUUUCUUUUUCUUUCUUCAUUUUUUUCUUCAGUUUAUAUUUACGUGUAUCUGUUCUACUUUUGUUUUUUCUUUCCGGCAUGGCUUAGCCCCUCACUAGCCCGUUCAUAUUCUCAUUAUUUCUUGUGCUACUUAACUGCUAAAUAGUAGGAAAUGGUUGGACCUUAAAAUGAUCUUCCAGUUCACACUGCCGAUAACUCGCCGGUUAUGUAGAAAUAUCGAGACGUAAAAAAAAAAAAAAACGGAAAGGAAAAAGGAAAAAAGCAAAAAAGGAAAAGGAAAAUGCAGGGCUCAUAAGGCUGCAUGGGAUUCCCAUGGGUUGAUCAAAAGUAUACAGCCCGUGGUGCAGCCUGUACAUGUAUAACCGUGCCAAACGCGACUCACUACCACUAGAGAGAGUGAGUGCGCUUGGCACGGUUAAUAAAUAUCU